AUGAGUAAAGCUAAAGACAAAGACAAGAAAAAGAAAAAGGAACCACCAUUACCAGAGUUUGAAGAUUUCACUCCGGAGCAAAUAUUAUUUUUCAAGCAGGUAUACUUAUCUUUUGAUAAGAAAGAAGAGGGUUUUGUACGCCCUAAACAUUUGCCAGCCAUGUUACGUGGACUAAACACAAAUCCAACCGAAGAAUUUCUUACGCAGAAUAUAAAUCGCAUCACGAAGGAACUAAAAGGAGAAAUGAGUUUCGAAGAAUUUCUUGGGAUUCUGAUACCUCUCAUAAGAUCAACAGGAACUGAUGAACAAAUUCGUGAAGCGUUUCGUACAUUUGAUCCAGAUGGAAAAGGAACAAUUGGCGUCGAAGAAUUAAGACAUAUAUUAACCACACUUGGAGAACCACUGACCCUUGAUGAAAUUAAUGUUAUGAUUGUUUUCGCCGAUCCUGACAAGGACGAGAGGAGUCGACAAAGAUGUAGAUCUACACCACGUUCUGAUGUAGAAGAGUUAUUGAGGCGAAGAAUUACUCCAGAUACUGUUGUAGAAGUGAUGGUGACAAAUGAAGCUGCUUGGAAAGCCAUAGACAGAUUUGCGAGAGAUGUGGUAAUUGACCUGCGCUCUAUAGAAAAAGAAAGGGCAUAUGGGACUUUGCUCUUUUAA